AUGGCGCUGCGCACAAAGACGGUUGAGUAUCGAGAUCCGGGCGGAACGGCGCUUGAAGGAUACGUUGCCUGGGAAGAAUGCAAGGGCGCCCGGCUGCCUGGAGUCUUGGUGGCUCACACAGCGAUUGGUCCACAGGAAGAAUUCAUCAGAGACAAGGUCCAUCGGCUGGCAGCUAUGGGUUACGUGGGGUUUGCGCUGGACAUGUUUGGUGCUGGCCACUGUGUGUUUGGUGAGGAGAAAGACAGAUUUAACGACUAUCUGAAAGAAGACAGGAUGAGGAUAAGGUCAAGAGCCGUGGCAGCAUUUGAUGCCUUGAAAGCACAGGCAGUGGUCGAUGACGCUCAGUGCACUGCCAUAGGCUAUUGUUUGGGUGGCAAGGUGGUGCUGGACCUGGCUCGAUCAGGGGCGGAGGGACUGAGAGGCGUCGCAAGCUUCCACGGCAUUCUGGACUCGCCCACGCUGCAGGACAGCCCUCCCUUGAAAGCCAAAGUCCUCGCCAUGCACGGAAACCUCGACCCCUUCGUGACGCCGACCAUGCUGCAGGAUUUCAUUGCAGAGAUGGAGGGCAAGGGUGCCGACUACCAGCUGGUGGUGUACGGGGGAUGCUACCAUGCUUUUACGCGCCCGGACAAGACGUCCCCGCAGGACAGGUCCCUCGGCUUCUUCUAUAGCCCGGAGGCGGAUCGCCGGUCAUGGAGGCUCAUGUCAGAUUUUCUGGCGGAGGCGUUCGCGCCCACGUGA